UUACAAUAGCAACAACAUAUACAGCAACAACAAUAGCAAACAUGCUAUGACACAACACACCAGCAGGUCGCCGAAACAACGUCAACAAAACUGCAGCUGACCGCGAUGGUCCUAACUGUGCACACAAUUAGCUCAAUAUCGAUUCAAAUUAGUUGCUAAAAUAGGAGGAUAGCAACAAUUUUCAUUUGACUUAAAAACGUCCGAAAACUAACCGAAAUUUGUUCUCUACAGUAACAGCCAUUUUUGCUCGGUUCAACAUUAGUCAUAGCAGCAAUUAAGCACCUUUUCUAUUCGUAAUCAUCUUUUCUUUAGAGCUUAGGCAAGUAUCUGGGACGGAACACUAUUUAGAAAUACCUUUUUUUAAAUUACGGGCUUUUUGAUGCUGCCACGCGCGAAGUGAGGUUGUAGGUAGUUGUCGCUUCGUACGAUUGAAAGAAUAUGACUGCCCUUUCAGGUUCAAUGAAUCACGAAUAUAUAGAUAUCUUCUAUAAACAGACGAAUGAAUUUAUGACGAUGAUUAUCGUAUAUUCAAAGCUGUAUUUCUUCGAUGAAAUCCAUUUUAUUACCGGCAUUUUUAUGAAGUAUAAUAACAUUCUAAUAUGGCGGUUGAAUAUUUUCGGUCCACCAUAUAGCGCUCCUCCUUCGAUUUCAAAUAAAUAUAUAUUCGCCAUUUUUUGUAAAGUUUAAUGAAACCUUAUGCGAAACAAGACUUUAAAAUAUAGAUAUGAUAGCGCACAUAGCUAUCAUAGAGGGAUAAACAAUACACAUAUAGCAGAAUAUACGCGUGACUGUCUCGGCAAACGAUGCAGAUGGAGACGGGUUUUUGACCACAUAUUUUCUUGCAGACUGAUGUAGAAAUAGUAGUACUGACCUGGAACCAUAAAGUCUCUAGUUUGAAUUCCUAAUAACAACGUAUAUGGACCGAAAUAGUCACUACGCAAUACUUGUGGAUUUAUUAAUCAAGUCAGGUAGUUUCUAGUUUGUAAGUGGUAGUAAACUUUAUAAGACAAUGCUGUCUACACGAUUAAGCUAAUUACGUGCCAUACGAAGACGAAUGAAUAAGCCUUCUAAGCAUCGAAAACCUUUCGAGCAUUAUGCAGCCCCAUUUUUUCAACUUGCUGGCUUGAUUACGUUCUUCCAUCCUAAAGAAAACCUGGCAAUGAUUUGAAGAAUACUGAUUAUUGUCUACUUAGUGCUUCGAAAAGUCUAAUUACCUAAUUCCUUGUGUGAGUAUUGAAAUAAUCAGUUAGUUAGGUCAUCAUGUAGUUGACUGAGAGGCAGUUAUUUAGUAAACACAAGAACGAAACUAUUAAUCUUGGAGAGCUGAAAGUAAGCUGCUUUGGAUUCGUGUACCUAUUAUGCAGAUGAAUUUGCUGAGUUUGUCGUCCAUGACUACGUUGUUUAUAGCAUAUGUAGAGGCAAAUUUGUCAUUUAGGUAUCCUCGGGACGUGUUUUCCUUUUUUCCUAUAAAACCAUUAUGAAAAGGGUCUUAGUUAUUUUUUGGAUUUUUAUAAGAGUUUGGAAUUCUAUAGGAAUUUGGGAGUUCGUGGUGUGUGCUUAUCAUGUAACGCAUGUCAGAUUGCAGGGCAACUUGACGCCUUUCAUAAGCAAAAUAGCUUUAGAAUAUUGUUGGAACAGCAACAAGUUUACCCAAAACCUUCAUGGCUUUUAGUUCUAUCCUAAGAAAAUCUUAAAGCAAAGAUACGUGUGUGUGGCUUCGCCAUGCAUCCUACUAAGCGUACUGCCAAAUCUAGUAAACUACUCGUAAUAAUGUUAACUCGUAAUAUGUUGAAAUCGAAGAAAUCAAGCGGAAUUUCAGGUUAAUUUUGCAUCUGAAACUGAGCCUCUCAACCUUUGUGGGGCAUUCAAUUAGGAAUGUUCAUCAGUUGAAAAUCGAAACGAAAACGACUUCAUUGAUAUUAGCAUUACGUAGUUAUCUUCGCUCAAUGUUAAAUAAAUUUUACUUUACAAUGUGUAUUAAUAAUGCUCCACACCGCCUUUAUUGCGUUUUAUUUGUCACCAUUUAGAGUUGACUAAAACGCGUAGAUAGUUUCUAAUUAAGCGUAAAAUUACCUGGCGUGUUUUAUAUAAUCAUAAAUGAUAUAACCGCCAGUUGUGUUAUAACUUUACACUUUAAUACUUAUUGAAUCUCUACUAAAUGCGUUGAAAAGGUGCGUGGCAAUUCCGUUUUGCUGCGGCAGACGGAAAAAUCACUAGCCAACGCAAGGGCGAUUAACGCCUCAAUAGGACGAAGGUACGAAGACAGCAGUCUCGUGAUAGCGUGACGCUCAGCUAGCCGGUAGAGUGCCGGGAACAACGCCCGAGAGAAAUGAAAUGUUGCUUACCAUUCUGAUAGACCCUGUUCGCUCUUGUAGGGGCUGUUCUACGCUGAAGUGUUUGAAACGGUUACCAUAGCUAUUUGAUGGCAACAAGACAUUUGUCUCUAUACAUCAUAUAAUGGGCUAAGUUUUGAAACUAAGAGAACUUUAUCGUAAAAAAAAUAGACUUAUGUACAUGACUUUAACGUGCAAACUACUAGGCAUGCCACCAAAUCUAGUAAACUACUCGUUAACAAACUUCUCAGGCAUGUUGUUGAACACUUUUUGUAACGGUAGCAACUUGUCAAAGUGAAUUAUAUCAACAGUUCUGGAACCUUUUGCGUUGGAUUUACGCUAGUUCAACCUGCACGACACCUAGGUAUACGUCUAGUCAAAGUGGUAGUGGUAUGCAUUGUUUAUUUGCCGAUUUGUGCUAAUACGUGAAUUUAUGGACGUGUUUUGAGAGGUCUCCCUACAGUUAAUGAAAACCAACUUUUAACUGAUGACUGGUUCGUUACUGCGGUCAGCUCCAAAGAUUGCUGCUUGUCGUGCGCAUUAAUUGCGCAAAAUAAGUGAAAGAUCAUAGCCGUCUGUGUAAACAUGUUAUUUGGAUUAUCGGUACACGCAUGGACGUUGCCAAGAACUGUCUAUGUAACGACGAUGCGGGCAUGGCCAGCAUUUAUUUUUCGACGAGCCAAACAGAAGCUCGAGGUUCGCAGAUGGAAUAACCCGGGGCAAUGGAUGUGCUUGGUUGUUGGAAAUAGUCACAGGUUGAAACAGGUAUUAGCUGUGUUUGUGACGCCUAAAAACUUUUUUUACCAUUUUUUUUUUAUUGCUAGAAGCAGCCGUCACAGUUGUAUUAUGUAUGCUACAACCCAGAUGAUGCAUUAUAAUCCAACCUAUUUCGAUAUUUCGUUCACUGGAUCGAAUGAUUUCUGUCACCUGUGGUUUCGAUUUUCAAUAGAAGCAUCUGAUAAUCGAGCAGAGCCAAGGGCAUACUUAAUCUACUAACGAACAUGCUCAAGGUCAAGCUUGAUGAAUAUCUAACGUGUCGUCAAGAAAUUCGGUUGAAAAUUAGAUUUCAAUGCUGUGCUUCAAGCAACCUCUCGGGGAGUGCAACGAUAUAUUUGCAAAUGUUGUAUACUUUCAGUCAAUUGAAUCAUAGCGCUUGUGUUUGGCUCCCAUAACUGAGUGGAGCUUUACAUAAAACCACGAUUUUCAUCACGUAUAAACGUUUUUUGGACGUUCGGUAAUUUGUUUCCGGUGGUUAGCAUUCGAAGCAUCAUUAGUGCAGUCGUGUACCUUGCAAUAACACAGACAGAUAAAAAUAUCUGUCUAUUCAUGAUUUUACAAUUGUGAGCUGUUAAUAAAAAAAAAAAUAGACGCUGAUACACACUUUUAGCCAACUGUUUGGUGCUACAUUACAAAUUUCGAUCGUAUGAAAUCAAUAGGGAGCGCAUUAGCCAUAUGUUAAAAGCAUUAUUCCUUUUAGCCUAAAAUAAUCCGAUACAUUGUUCGCCUGCUGCUUUUAGCGUUAAUUAACUUUGACGUACUUAAUCUUUGCCAUUCAGUGUGUACGGUGGCAGUAGUUUCAGUGCUAUAAUGAUGAAUAUGAUGUUGAUACCCGCGACAAAAACGACCAAAUGUUUCCUUGUGUCCUGUGCGAACUAUCGGCUGAUUGGUGCACAGCAAAAUAUCCACACUGCAAAGUACGGCUUUUCGUGCCAUAGUUUUUCGAUUAGACUGUCGUUCUGGCGGGUCAUAAUUGUUUUGGUUUAAAUAUUGCUUAAAACACAUUCCUUUAAGACGUUUUCGAAUGGUACAAGACACCCAAAGUUUAUCCAUAUGGUUUGAAAUGUUUUGUCAUUCGCGAGAAAAUUAUAUAUCAAAUAAUAUGCUUUGGUUGGGUUUUAAGGUUAGUGAUUCUGUACAGAGAGUACCACAUCGCAUCGCAACACGCUUCCGGCAUAUCGAUCAUUUAGCUUUUUCGCCGAUCGCAAGGGACGCUAUUUACAAUGCUUUACUUUUCCAUUAUUCCCUGUUAAAUUAAUUUCAACAUUGAAGGGUUACGAAAGGUUAAUGGUGGUUGUUUGCAUUUAGUAAACUUGUUAUUGAUUACCGAAGUUGCCAAUCUGUCGGUUCUUUAUUACAGAGAUUCGUACAAAAAUUUGAAUAUGAAUUAAGGAGCAUUACACCGUUCUUAGCAGAGGCCUUCAGAGAGUUUCUCAAUUGUGCGUCUUGUACAAAGAGUCUACUACGUAUAUCAGCCCUGCUAUAUAUUCGCUGAGUAUGCGUAGUUAGGUUGUAAUAGUAUAUUAUGUAUGCGCAUGUAAAACUUGCGCUAUAUUUAACGAAGCCUUUGUUGAGGUAUCAUAAACCUAAGUACUUCAACCGAAAAGUGAACGCACAAGAAACGCUGGUAAACAGCAUCUGAUUAGUUUUUAUCACUCAUUGACGAAAUUUAAAAAGAACGGCUAAUUAGUUCUUUUAUUACACUAUCAGAUCGAACGUAACCGUGAAUGAAUGAUUUGCCGAAUUUAUUUCUCGUCCUGAACUGAAAAUAAACAUGUAUUGUGUUUAUCGUGGCAUCUAUAGGAAAUAUUCAUUACAUUCGCAUAGAAUAAAACCAUGCUAUUUUCUUCAGAAUAUUGCAAUAUUAUUAUAGUCGCUAUGUACUCAAUAAAUAUUGUCAGUACGCUUCUACAAAACGACACUGGAGUGCUAUGAUAUCUUAUAUAUGAAUCGCGAAUAUAUGCUCGUCAUUAUGAUCGUCCACAACUUGGUUCAAUUUGUGCUAUGUAGUAGUUUUGAUACGUUAGGGCCUACAUAGGGCCACAUGCAUACAACAACUUGAUGAAUAUAAAACAACUAUUCUGUUUUAAACGAGGAAGCUAGUUUAAUUCAAAAGAAGUGCUCUUAAUAAUAGCUGCAUUUUUAGGUAAGGUAAUAUAAACAGGAUGGUGUUAAGCAUAAUUUUUCCAAUAAGUAAUACUGUGUAUAAAAUGCGACGCUAAAAAAGUGUCAUCAUUUUUUUUUAUGAACUGUCGAAUAUGAAAGCAAAAGUGAAAUGAUUUUGUUAACGAUGCUGUCUACAAGCUGUUUCAAUACGAUAGCCUUUAGGUAGCAUAGCUUCGUCUUCCGACCUAGGCUAAUCUUUGAAUAUGAAUAUUACGGCUUCUAACGUCGAGCGGUGUAUACUAUUGUGAUCAACUAUAUUUGUGUAUAAUGUUUUCUGUUAAAUAUAACGAAAUAACACGUUUUUAUUCAACUUCACGAACAAAUCAAAAUGAAUACAUGUUAAUUGGCGGUAGGUGCAGGCACUAUGGAAGGAAACUGACUAAAAGUUUCUUGUGUUUUUUUGAAUUUCAUCGUAUUGUCAGCGCGGGCAAGAUGGUCGGCCGGACCGAGUCACCACCACCUCCGCCACCAAAACCAACGCGCCUGAGUAAAACUGAAUUGGAGACAGUUGGCCGAGAGACCCUUUUAUUGCGGUACGCUGAAUGCGAGGAAUAUAUUCGUUACUUAGAGUCGUCGUCAGCAACAAGUAGUGCUGCAGAAGAACGUCAACGAAUCAAGAAUCAACUACUUGAAGUGACUCGUCGGGAAAACCAGCUCGUGAUGAAGCUUACAAUAAAGGAACAACAAUUACAGGAACUGCAAUCUGAAGUUGAAUCGCUGCGAGCUAGACAAAUUCCACAGAACAGCGGCCAACUUCGAGCAACUCUUUUAGAUCCUGCAGUCAAUAUGCUGUUCGAGAAGAUGCGUCAGGAACUUGACCAGACAAAGGCAAAGCUAGACGAAACACAAAAUGAAUUAUCCGCUUGGAAGUUCACUCCUGAUUCGAACACGGGGAAGCGGCUCAUGGCAAAAUGCCGGUUACUUUAUCAAGAAAAUGAAGAACUGGGGAGAAUGGUCGCCUCGGGGCGGUUAGCGAAGCUCGAAGGAGACCUCGCUCUGCAGCGAAGCUUUGCGCUCGAAAUGAAGAACAGCCAACACGACCAAGACGAAUUUCUUCUCGAGUUGGACGAAGAGGUUGAGGGUAUGCAAAGCACAAUUUAUUUCCUGCAACAAGAGUUGCGGGAAGCUAAGGAAACGAUUGCGCGCUUACAAGGAAUGCCAUCUGAGCCAAUAAAAGGACAUAAAAGUCCCGCGAGAAGCCAUACAGGAGAUGUUGAAUCACCAAGUAGUCCGAAGGCUGGCCUUGGUUCAGAUGACAACUCGCUAUUGCCUCAAGGCAUCAGUGGCCACGAUGCUGCAGAAUCGCAGCAAAAUGCUCACGAAGGCCGAAAGGAUAGAAUAGGCUCCGGAGUUGGCGGCGGCCUUCGAUCAACGACGACGAACAGUAGCAGCAACAAUAAUAACAAUAAUCACAAUGGGAACAGCAGCGAUGACGGGAACAGCCGGAAUAGCAACAACAGCAGUGGUAAUCUCGAAACGUUUGGUGAGUCCGGUCGGGUCGAAAAGACACCUCGCUCACCGUCGGGGUGCGAGAGCAGUAGCUUACGCAGUGGCGAGAGGGAAAGGCGUAGCCCGGUAGUACAAAAUCGCGCCGGCAGCCACGGCCCGCAGUCGCCAACGAACGGCGACACUUCGUCGCCGACAGGGUCUGCAGGAGUGAAUGGCCGUCAGGGUGAAGAUCAUAUCGACGAUGAUAUGGAUCAGGAUGAUGAACUUGUUCUGGAGGAAGACGACAAAAACGUUGAUGGUGAUAUCGCGAGUCCACCGCGGACGAGAGCGAGCCGGCGGGGUGUUAAGCGUACGGCAGAAUGCCAAGAGGCGAAUGUCGAUGAUCAGGCCGAGGACAGUCUAGACGGCGUUGCUGAAGGUCCACGAGGAACUAGAGCGGCGUCAAGAAAGGGCGUUAGACGACGAAUGCCUGCCCCGCCGCGACACCCUGAUGGUGACAGUAGUUCGGAACAGCUGGUAAUAUGCACAAACGGCGUAGACGGUGAUGAAGAUGACGAAACGUCACAACGUCAUAGUGACCUAUAACACUAAGUCUUACGUCAAUCCGUUCGACUCUCGAAAAUGUAAGCAGAGUAAAGUUCUUAGAAUACCGAGGUUUAGAGAUUAAGAUCAACUCUUCUGUUAGCUGUCAAAGUGGAAUCCACGAGAAGUGUUCAACGAUACUAUGAAAGCUAAAGGAGAAGGCGUGUAGAAAUUGAAAAAUCUAAGAGGUAGCCAGAAAGAUGGAACAGAAUACAAACACACCUAUGUGGGGCGACAGAUUAAAAAAGAAAUAGAAAACAACUCUACAGCCAGAUUUACCUUUGGGAUAACGGAAGAAACAGAAUGAAUGUGAAACGCAGAAGAAGACUGACAAGAUAUUUGUAAAUGAAGGCGAGACAGCUCUGGCCGAUCGAAAUCCUAGAAUAUUGUAGUAAUAACUGAGGCGGUUAAUGAGAAUCAGUUACAGAGUAAAUUGGUCGAAAAAAACACUGACUUACAGCUUACGUCGGGGUGUAAAGGCUACACGUGUGAACCGGCAACGUUUAAUGAUGCAUUCCCUUGCAUACUAAAACCCUAAAACUGAAACGAUGUGUGAACAGAACUCUAAUCACUGCAUAAGACGAUAUACUGUAAGCGAUGCAGCAACGACCUGAUGGAAGCGACGCUCUGAAGAAGCUAACGUAUGGCUACACGAAAAUGACGACGGUUCGAGUUUAUAACUGCCUACGCAUAUGAUCAGAGUGAAUAUUAUGUUGACUUAGAUAGCGAGAUAAACUGGCAGUAAACUACAAGUAUAUAUAUAUAUAUAUAUAUAUAUAUAUAUAUAUAUAUAUAUAUAUAUAUAUGCUUGUAGUUUAUAUAUAUGUAUUUUUGGAAUUGAUUGAGUUGUUUGGUGACUUCAUUUGAGUCUUGAAGAAGUGUGAAUUUGAAGACGGAGCGCCGUAUCUACCAGUUCGAUUGUCAAUGGUGAUCAGCGCUCCCGGUGUAUGGAACUUGCUGCUUGAGUCUUGUUUAUAAUUUGGUGUUUGCUUUUGUAACUAUUGCCUAUGUAUAAAUUUAUUCGUGUGGACAAAACAUACAUCUUAGGCGAACACACAGGACAGCGCUAUCCAAUCAGAAAAUUAACCAGGGAGUAACUAACGCACCGCUUGCGAAGAAUGCUAAUUAUUAUGACGUCGACGAUCGUUUUGUAAUUCCAUUACGGGUUUGAGGGAUUGAAAAAAGCACAUAAUUGUAUAACCUAUGAGAUUCGGCAUGUCUUUUAUUUAACGUAGACUAUACGUACGUUCCUCACUAUGCAGACAAACACAUAGGUGAUAAAGAGACUUCCUGCAAACAGAUACGCAAACAUGGGAAUAAUAUGAAAUUGAAAAAUCCAGCAAAAAUGCUGCAGGCACAUAGACUUUACAUGGAAAUGCCAUGGGGUUUUGACCACCCCCGCUUCCAUCAGAUUUCGUCAGAAUGGCUUGCUUCGUUUGGAAUAUUUGCUUGAGUCAUAAAGAAAGCAAAACACAAGUGUCUCUAAAAGAUAAUCCGUUAGUGUUAACAGAUACUGUUACAUCGCGCAGGUUUCAAUUGUAAAACGAGCUAGAAUAAAAAUGGCUUCAAGGAAGCUAUUCAGGAACGCGCGUAGCGACCGCGAAAACAAUCUGUAGCCCCUCCAAAUCGCCAGGAGUACCUCAUUUCCUAGACAGGAUAAACAAAAAAAAAACGAAAAGCAAGCGACGCUAUACAACAAGGGUCCAGAGAAAACCACAACGACAAAACAAGGAACACCGGCUAUGAUCGAGAGCUUGGGGUGAAAAAGGCCAUUUCCAGUAGACCGCAUAGGUUCCCCAAGUUCUCUAAAUUGUCGGUCAUCAACCUAACCACGUCAAGCCUUACGUGGCGAACAUAACUCGGCAAAAGUUGAGUGAAUAUUCAUUGUAAAUAUGACGAGAGAAGAUAUUAGAUGCCGACAAAUGUAAUGAGCAAAAAAAAACGUAUUGGUAAUAAGAUGGUUGGCCGAGAAGGCGAUUUUCACAGGGAAGUCGCCUGUUUUGGCUCGGGUUGCGUCCAGAAACACCCAAGAGCGCUAAGCGACUGAACAUAUUAUCAUCACGAACUUACAAAAUUGUACAAAUUGGGUUUUAUAGGCUGGGUAAGCUAUCGCACUAGCGUUAAUCGGAAUCAUUCCAUUCUUCUGGACAAAAAAACAAUAGAACUGGAUUGAGUUAUAAAAAGGGGCUUGAGUAGUGCCACUAGUAACUGCUGUAAUCAUAUUUGCUUGUCACUCAGCAAACAAUUUUUCAAAGAAUUGCCGAUGCUGCUGCUGUUUUCCAACACUUGGAAAGAAGAAAAACGGGAAAAGAGCAAAUUCUUCUGCCAGCGAAGUCGAGUUUGGUGAAGGCACUUCGCUGUCUUUCUUACCGUAGCUGCUAUCUACGAUUAGUUUUACUGCGAGCUGCUGGUUUUCCUGCAACCACUACUUCUCUGUGAGAAGCUCACAAAAU